CUUGUCAUUAAAGGGGGGCGGUGAUCACCACGUUGCUCCUCCCCCUCCGGGCUGCCGUCACCGGGGCUGCUGGACCGGAUCAACUCGGCACCCAAACAACCAGCCGCCGGCUGCUGCUGCUGCUGUUCCUCUGUGCUGAGAGAAGACCCGGUGCAGACAAGGAGCCUCCCCGCACCGCCUCUCACACUGCUUUUCUCUCUCACCGUCAACGACAUGGCCUCCGACGGCAUGGACGAGAGAUCUCCGCUGCUGUCGGGCCCGAACUCCGAGAACGUGACCCCCACUGCUCCCCCGUACCUGCAGGAUCCGAGCCCCCGAGCCGAACUACCUCCUCCUUACACAGCCAUCGCCAGCCCAGACGCCGGCGGGGUGCCCGUCAUCAACUGCCGUGUCUGCCAGUCGCUCAUCAACCUCGACGGGAAGCUGCAUCAGCAUGUGGUCAAGUGCACCGUCUGCAAUGAAGCUACGCCCAUCAAGAACCCUCCAACAGGGAAGAAAUAUGUGAGGUGUCCCUGUAACUGCCUGCUCAUCUGUAAAGACACAUCCCGGAGGAUAGGAUGUCCUCGACCAAACUGCAGACGCAUCAUCAACCUGAGCCCGGUGAUGGUGAUCCCAGAGGAGCAGCCUGCCCAGCCCGCUCUGCCCAUCCAGCCAGAAGGGAUGAGGGUGGUCUGUGGUCACUGUGGCAACACCUUCCUGGGGAGCGAGGACGACAGGUCAUCCUCGCCAGUGUCUGGUGUUCCCAGCGAUGGCUCCCCGCCACCACAGCAACAGUGGAUGGAGCUUCGGUUUAACACGCUAGCCAAGUGUCCCCACUGCAAAAAAAUAUCCUCUGUUGGCAGUGCACUUCCCAGGAGGCGCUGUUGUGCUUAUGUUACAAUAGGACUGAUCUGCAUUUUCAUUGGAGUGGGCUUAACUGUGGGCACUCGGAGCUUCGCUGUCCGUUACAACGCCACCUACGUCUCCUGGGCGCUGGCCUACCUGCUGGGCCUCAUCUGUCUGGUACGAGCUUGCUACUGGGGCGCCAUCAAAGUCAGCUACCCCGAGAACAGUUUCUCCUAGAGGCGGGGGUUCCAGGUUCGGCGUGGCACGGCUUGGAGAACAGACCUCCACUUUAAGUUGUUUCAUCGUGUUCAAAUUUUCAACCCAGUCAUGUUCAGCGGAGUGGAGCGCCUGCAGAGUAUGUUGGGAGAGAGAUACUGUACGUUUGGAGGGUUGCUUCCUGUUUGGGGGAUGCAUCUUGUUGUUGUUUGUGUGUGUUUUUAGAAAGUUUUACUCACUGAACAAACCUACUGUGUGUCAAUCAGUCCACAUCGACUCAAAUCCAGGUCCAGGUUUAGCCAAAAUCCAGAAUCAAGACCUUCAAUAAAAACUGUGAUUUGCCUUGAUGAAUGCCAAAAUUAGCUGAGUUGUAAAAGUAGUCUGGCAAACUGGUUGGAUUUGGUCUUUCUGGUCUAGUUAUUUAAUUUAAUUUUUCCACAACUUAACUCUUGACUCGUACCAGACCAAAAUGAGACGACCUCCUAACGAUUUGUUUUUCCCAUUGCACUACGAUUAUAUGCAAUUGUGUUAUUUUGUCGCUGCUAGUUUGACUCCAGCUGCAGAUCCAUAUACUGUAAUGUAACCUUUGCCUGUGUACACUGACAUAGUAUCGCUAUAUGAUUUUAACUGUCGACAUGAUCAACUCCUCCUUAAAUACCCACGUGUGCCAACUUUGCUGCCCAGUAUUAGUCCAGUAGAGCAUCAGAUCAACAGGAGUGUGUUUUUAUUCUUUUUGUGCCAUGCAGCUUUUCAUUCAAAACAGCAAUAACCCUUUGAUUUAAAGUUCCCUGUGUUCUUCGCUGCGUUUUUUGUUUCCGUCUCACUGAGGGAACAUGAAAACAUGUUUGCAUGUCCUGCCACCGGGGUUGUGUUUCUUUCCUGUUUCAGAGAGCUAGCUGAAGCGUUUGAUGCUCUUGUCUUUUCUCCUUUUACCUGUGAGUUAGAAUGUAACCCAUCCUCUUCCUCCUCCUCCUCUUCCUCCUCCUGACGCUUCUAUCGCUGCUCUCUGACCUCCAGUGAACUCUGUGCUAGCUAGCUAGAUUGCUGUAGGCUAACUCAGCAUCCUGUCUCUUGACCUAUACCAGUCUGCAAUCUUCUAACCUUGUUUUGAAUGUGAUGAUGAUGAUGAUGAUGAUGAGGAUGAUGAUGAUUAAGGAGAAAAUAUAUAAAAAGAAACUUUGUAAAUAGUUCAAAUUCAGUACUUUGAAAACUGUAAUGAGAGGAUGAAGGAGCGGAGACGUGGGUCUUUUUAAAAUGAUAAUUUAUCAAUAAAAAGCAAAAACCUG